AAACCUCCUCGCCACUGCAGGAUUUGGAGCUGUGUGGAAGGCGGCAGGCAACAAGCGCGCCUGCUUGACUGGCUGCAGCGCGCAAUGAACAACGGACUUUCAGCACAGUUCAGAGAAGGUGCUGUUGUUGCUGUAGACGGCAGGCAUUUUCACCAGGUGAAGUGGUCAAAUCGGUUGAGUGAAAGUGAAACGGCUUGGCUCUGUUAACUAACAAACCCACCGCGGCCUUGAACAUGAUGUGUGGCAUUUUAACAGGUUGGCAUGGGUGGAUUUUUGGAUUACAAAUGUUAUUUUUUUCACUAGCCGAGUCUGAGGGAAAUACUCUGAAAUACCAGACCAAUGAGGAGGGAAGUCCAGGAACAGUGAUCGGUAACCUGGCCAAGGACAUGUCCUUGAGUCCCUCUUUCGGCUCCAAUACUAAUUUCAGGAUGAUGAAACAAUUCAACGAUUCUUUUAUCCGGGUGAGAGAAAGCGACGGGGAGCUUUCUGUCGGGGAGAGGAUUGACAGAGAGAGAAUCUGUAGGCACACUAUACAGUGUCUCAUCACUUUUGAUGUUGUCAGUUUUUCAAAAGAGAGGUACAAAUUGAUCCAUGUCGAGGUGGAGGUAAAAGACAUCAAUGAUAACUCUCCGGAGUUUCCAAACAAGGAAUCUACAGUUGAGAUCUCUGAAAAUGCCGACGUGGGGUUCCGUAUUCAUUUGGACCCAGCCGAGGACGCAGAUGUCGGUUCAAACUACAUCCAAAGCUAUCAGAUUUCUGUCAACAGUCAUUUUUCAAUUGAUGUGCUUUUGAGAGCAGAUGGGGUUAAAUAUGCGGAGUUGGUGCUAAUGAAAGAGCUAGACAGGGAGACUCAGUCAUCUUAUGCGGUGGAGCUUAUUGCCACAGACGGAGGAAACCCUUACAGGUCGGGUUCAACGAAAAUAACAAUAAAAGUGACAGACUUUAAUGACAACCGUCCUGUUUUUGACCAGAAUAAUUUCUCGGUAACUUUGCCCGAGAACGCACAGGUUGGAUUCGUUUUAUUGAACUUAAAUGCAGUUGAUCCAGAUGAGGGUUUAAAUGGAGAGGUGGGCUAUGGGUUCGGAAAACAGGUUUCUGCAGAAAUCAGAGAACUUUUCGAAGUGGACAGUAAAUCCGGGCGCGUGAGACUUAAGAACCCAGUGGAUUUUGAGACAAAGAAAACAUAUGAAUUAGACGUUCAGGCGACUGAUCUAGGAUCCAACCCGACCCCCGCCGUCUGUAAAAUAAUAAUUCAUAUCAAAGACGUUAAUGACAAUGCCCCAGAAAUCAGUAUUACGCCAAUGACCUCCAUCUCAACAGGCAUCGCAUAUAUCAGCGAGACAGCAGACAAGGACAGCCUAGUGGCGCUGAUCAGCACCUCGGACAGGGACUCGGGCGUCAAUAGCCAGGUCCACUGCACUUUAUAUGGGCACGAUCAUUUCAAACUUCAACAGGCUUAUGAGGACAGCUACAUGAUUGUCACCGCAGCAUUCCUAGACAGGGAGAAGAUUAGUGAGUACAAUUUAACAGUGAUGGCUGAAGAUUUUGGGUCACCUCCAUUGAGAAAAAUCACACAAUACACCAUCAGGCUAAGCGACGAGAAUGACAACGCCCCACACUUUACUAAGCCUAUCUAUGAAGUUUCUGUGGUGGAAAAUAAUGCACCAGGGGCAUAUAUAACCACGGUUGAAGCCAGAGAUGCAGACUUGGGGACUAAUGGCAAAAUUACAUACAGACUUUUAGACAGUGUUAUAAUGGGAUCACCUGUCAACACGUUUGUAUCUCUGAAUGCAAUCUCUGGUUCAAUAUAUGCACUGAGAAGCUUCAACUAUGAAGUCAUGAAACAUCUGGAGGUACACAUCCAGGCAAGCGAUGAGGGGUCACCCCAGCUUCAGAGCAGUGCCAUCAUCAAUCUAACAAUAUUGGAUCAGAAUGACAACGCUCCGUCUAUCAUAGAGCCCAUCCUUAAUAAGGGAUCAGCUGAGAUUUUCCUGCCCAAAGACGCACCUGCAGGCUAUGUUGUCGUCCAGAUAAAGGCCACGGAUGCUGAAGAAGGCAUUAACGCGCAGAUGUCCUACAAAAUCACAGAGGGGGGACACUUGGGUUUCUCUAUCAAUAAGGUUACUGGGAAGAUACAUGUGACUCAUGAGCUGAACUAUGAUCCGUCUGAAACACUGAGAGUCCUAGUGGCUGUCAAUGACAAUGGGACACCUUCUCUGACCUCCACAGCCACUAUACACCUCACUCUCAUCGAAGGCACUCCUCCCAGUGUUCCUGCGAGGGUCCAAAACGACAGUGUGGAGGUCUUUGAAUGGGACAUAGCCAUUAUCAUAGUCCUAUCAGGGAGCUGCUCCCUCCUCUUGCUAGCCAUCAUCUUAAUCACUACCACCUGCAGUCGACGCAAACGGGUUAAGAGAGAGGCGGGAUACAGUGAAAAUGAAGACAUGCCACACGUGGAGAAGGGGGAGAGCAGACAAAUUGAUUCAUUGAUCACCAACCACAAAAGCAAUGUGUUUGAUGUGCACCCUUUCCCUGGGAAAGCACCGUUGGCCUCAAGCAACACAAUAAAAACAGCCCCUGAUGAUGGAAGACAAGUAAAAGAGUGUGUCUUUGACAACAGAAUAAUGGAGGGUAAUUCGGAGGGUUAUUCGACACUGCCUGGCUAUAGGAAAGAAACCCUCAGACCCAUAACCAUAUGGAAGGGUAAUUCAUUCACAACCAUCUCCGCGCGAGAUCCUCAGUUCAGUGGGAAGGACAGUGGGAAAGGAGACAGUGACUUUAACGACAGCGACUCUGACAUCAGUGGAGAUGGCCACAAAAAAGACUCCCCACCGAUAAACAGUCUCUGGGCCUGCACCAGUGAGUGUAAAAUCCUAGGCCACUCAGACCGAUGCUGGAGCCCCUCUGCCACUAGAGCCAAUACCAGCCUCUCCCAUGGACCACACCUCUCAACCUUCUCCAAGACAGCCUCUCUGCCGCGAAACACUCUGCAAAGAGACUCCUACUACCAACAGGCUCACCUACCCAAAAUCAAUGGUCUGCAAAGUGUCUAUGAAAAAGUCCAGCACCAAGAAUUGGAUUAUAUUCUGGUAUGUCCACCAACACCAGCCAGGAUACUAGAGACUGAUGAGAUAUCCCUCCCAGAGUAUGGACAGUCCUAAAAGAUCUGGACAAUGAACAAUAAUCAAAGCUCAUCUGGGUCGUUCCACCAAUUAGGUGCCUUUUUGAGUUGUGAAACUUGGUGCAAAAAAACUUUUGAUUUCACCUUAUUCUUACAUUCUGUCAUAAAGAGCACAUGUUUAACUUAAUUUAAAAAAAAACACAUUUACCCAUCUCAAGAGGUUGAAUUAUAAAAAAAAUACUACAGUAAGUGCCAAAUAAAUUAACAGUGUUGACUGUAAAAUGGUUGACGAUUUCAUCUUAAAUUAGCUAUAAAUCCCCUUGUGAUGGGGAAUGGAUGCUUGUUGUGUGCAACAGGAGGGGCAAUUGAAUGCAAGCUUCACAAACAAAAUGUAAUUAUAAAAAAAUGUCUAGCCUAUCUAUCUAUGGGUAACAGGGUUGCCAUGUUAUGCGUGACCCGCUCAGUUUUCCACCACAAAACACCAGAAAAUUGCCAAAAAGAGUAAAACCAGCUCACCUGCUUUUACACUUUCAUUUGACUAUUAAAUGUUCAAUAUACUUAAAAAUUCACGUAACAGGGUUGACCUUUUUUUUAAAUCUUAAAAUAAAUCCCUAUUCACAUGAAAUAAAUAAUAAUCUUCAGAAAUGAGUUUGUAUAAGCAACAAAAUAACUAGGGCUUUACAAUGAUGGUGAAAACUUGGAGAAAUGUUGGGGUUAAGUGGGUUAAAAUUUUACUAGAAGUCACAGAGGAUGCUUAGAGGGACAUGUCAAAAUUUUUCAUAUAAAAAAAAUCAGAUUUAUUUGAUUUUCCAUGUGGACUAAAUUAAAGUGCACUUCAUUUGAAUAUAACAGGCUUUUAAAAUGGAUGUAUCUGCACAAUUUCUACUUAAAAUAUCAAAGGGACGCAAAAGACACACAUUUCGUGGAACGACCCAUCUAAUGAGUAUUAUGCAUCUUUAUAUACUGUAUAGCCAAUUGUUGCGAUGUUAGAGUGUUAAAGUAAGUGUUUAGUGUCUUCAGUCUCCUUAUAUGCUGUAUGACUGUUUAUUGUAUUAUGUGUAAUAUGCAAGAUUUUGUACAUUAAGAAUAUAUUUUUCAUAAUGAUUCAAUGUAAACUACAAUUUUAUUAUGAACUCUGAAGAGCAUGUUUGACAUUUUAAUAUUUAAAGGGGCAUGACCAUUGGACCUUUUGACUAAACAGGCCCUUGAUCAAGUGGAAAACAAUCCGCAUCAAAUAUGACCAUGUUUGUAGUAGAUUUUGUCACUACGUUGCAGAAAUAAAUAUUAAAA